CAGAAAAUGUACAUACAUACAUAUAUACAUAAUCAAAGUAAGAAUUAUAGACUUUCUAGCUGAUUCCUUGGAAGUGAAAUUGCUCUCUUGCACAGCAACACAUCAUCACAGAGUCAUCUGCUUUCACUUACCUGCCCUCACUUUCCUUCACAACUCCAGCAUCCUUUCAUCUUCAAACUUGAUCAUCAUUUCGGUCCCAUCUGAGAAGCUCUUUAUUCUAUCUUCUAAAAGGAUUCCGGAACACCUGUUAGCUCGCCGAGGCUCAGCGGCAAGAGACGUGAAUAUUGACGCGUUCAACUACCUAUCAAAAUGCGAGUCAUCAUCAGGAAAGACCCUCAGGCUGUGUCUGAGUAUAUCGCCGACUAUAUUGUUAGUCGAAUCAAAGCAUUCGCCCCAACUGCUGAGAAACCAUUCGUGUUGGGCCUUCCAACCGGCAGCAGCCCAGAGAUCAUCUAUGGGAUCUUGGUUGAGCGCUACAAGGCCGGCGAUAUCUCCUUCAAGAACGUUGUGACCUUCAACAUGGAUGAGUAUGUUGGCAUCCCUCGGGACCACCCGCAGAGCUACCACACUUUCAUGUACAAGCACCUCUUCUCCCAUGUUGAUAUCCAGCCGGGCAAUAUCAACAUCCUUAACGGAAAUGCUCAGGACCUGGCUAAGGAAUGCGCUGAAUACGAAGAAAAGAUCGCACGUGUGGGUGGUAUUGAUCUGUUUCUCGGCGGAGUCGGUCCAGACGGCCACAUCGCUUUCAACGAGCCCGGUUCGAGCUUGAACUCGCGCACCCGCGUCAAGACCCUCGCAUACGAUACCAUACUAUCUAAUUCACGCUUCUUCGACAACGACGUGUCCAAGGUCCCACGCAAAGCGUUGACUGUGGGUAUCAAGACCAUCAUGGAUGCGCACGAGGUCGUCAUUGUCGUGACCGGAGCGCACAAGGCAAAGGCAUUGCAGAAGGGACUCGAAGGAGCCGUCAACCACAUGUGGACCCUGUCUGCGUUGCAGCUUCACCAGCAUCCUUUGAUCGUCGUCGACGAAGACGCAACUCUGGAGCUCAGGGUUAAAACCGUUAAGUAUUUCGAAAGCAUUGAGCAGACCGGCACCGACGCUCGCACCCAGGGGCCGCCGCUUGUCCACCGCGCCAAGCCUUACUACAAGCCCGUCACAUCCAACGGCGAUGUCAGCAGUCCUUCCCGGCCAGGGCUUGGUCUCAAGGUCGACACCGGAUUCCAACGCCCGCUGGAUGAUCCUGACGAGCUCACCCCCGACAGCAUGUCCUCCCGUAUUCUGGAUUCUGCCGUUGCAGGAUUGGACGAGACCAUGCUGAACGGCGACAUUAUUUUUGACCGCAUGGGAUCCCGAAUUGUCACCAACGGUUGA